GUUCAACUAUUUUCCCCCUCAUUAUCAUACCACAAAAAACAACAACAAUCAAUUCGUGCCAAAAUGCCUACCGUCAUCCAUCUGAGAGCCGAUACCAAGCCGUUUGAGCGUCGCUCGCCGCUGUCCCCCCCAACCGCCAAGGCCCUCCUCGACGCUGGCUACGUCGUCCGCGUUGAGCGAUCUUCAGAGCGCAUCUACAAGGACGAAGAGUUCGAGGCCGUUGGCGCCGAAUUGGUCCCUGCCGGAUCAUGGAUCAAGGCUCCCAAGGAGGACAUCAUCCUGGGCCUCAAGGAGCUGCCCGACGACGACAUUGACCUGCCUCACACAUACAUCCACUUCCAGCACAUCUUCAAGAAGCAGCUCGGCUGGGCGCCCUCCCUGAAGCGCUUUGCUCGCGCCGGCGGCACGCUCUACGACCUGGAAUUCCUGACUGAGGAGAACGGCCGCAGAAUCGCGGCCUUUGGCUACUUUGCUGGAUAUGCCGGCGCCGCCAUUGCCUUCAUCUCGUGGGCUCACCAGAUCCUCAACCCCGGCGUCCCCCAGCCCCCGGUGCCUCUGUUCGACAGCGCGCCUGCUCUGGUCGCGCAUGUCAAGGCUGCGCUCGAGCCCGCGAUUCGUGCCAACAACGGCCAACUUCCCCGCGUCAUUGUGAUUGGCGCUCUGGGACGAUGCGGCAAGGGAGCCGUGGACUUUUGCCGCGAGGUUGGUCUUCCUGAGGACUCCAUCCUCAAGUGGGAUAUGCAGGAGACUGCCAAGGGAGGGCCUUUCGAGGAAAUCACCACUUCCGACAUCUUCAUCAACUGCGUCUACCUUGGCCCUACUCCCACUCCUCCCUUUGUCACAUUCGAAUCGCUUGCGACCCCAGAGAGACGACUCCGCGUCAUUGCCGAUAUCUCGUGUGAUCCCAACAGCGAGAACAACCCGAUCCCCUUGUACUCCACCUGGUCCAGCUUUGACAAGCCCACGAUCCCGACAUCCAAGCCCGUUGACGGCCCUGAGCUGAGAAUCAUUGCCAUCGACCACCUCCCCACCUUGAUUGCCCGCGAGUCCAGCGAUGAGUACUCUGGCCUGCUGCUGCCGGCCCUGCUCACUCUGGACAAGCGGGAUACUGAGGGUGUCUGGACGAGAGCGGAGAAGACAUACAAGGACAGAGUGGCUGAGCUGCCUUAG